AGGGAUGGGAGGGAAGGGGGAGGGGCAGAGCAGGGCGUCAGCGGCCACCACUGUCGUCUCCUGCACCACCUCCACCAUGAUUCGCUUCAUAUUAAUUCAAAACCGUGCUGGCAAAACUCGCCUGGCUAAAUGGUACAUGAACUUUGAUGAUGAUGAGAAACAGAAGUUAAUUGAAGAAGUGCAUGCAGUAGUGACAGUAAGAGAUGCCAAGCACACAAACUUUGUAGAGUUUCGAAACUUCAAGAUUGUAUACCGACGUUAUGCAGGCUUGUAUUUUUGCAUCUGUGUAGACAUUGCUGACAACAAUCUUGCAUAUCUUGAAGCCAUACACAACUUUGUUGAGGUACUCAAUGAGUACUUCCACAAUGUCUGCGAACUUGACUUGGUAUUCAACUUCUAUAAGGCUUACAGUGUAGUAGACGAGAUGUUUCUGGCUGGUGAAAUCCGUGAAACAAGUCAGACCAAAGUGCUUAAGCAGCUGUUGAUGCUAAACUCUCUUGAAUAGCUCAUACUUAGGAUUAUGGAGAUAUUGUACACCGUAAAAUAUAUAACUAUGGGACCGAGACGUUGACUGCAUUACAGUUGUUGCGCCUUCUGGAGGAGCUACUAGCACACAAUAGACAUCCGGUGAAUGGGUGGUCAUGAAGUUCAGCUGUGUUAUCUGAUGUAGUAGUUCAAAUGAAGUUAUACAAACCUUCAAUAAAGUCAACAGUAUAUUAAGUGUGUUCAUUUUGCAGUAUGUUUGGACCUGAUAUAAUGGUUUGAAGAUUGUGAAUAGCCUGUAUGAGAUAGAUUGUGAAUAGCCUGUAUGAGAUUGUGUAUUGUAUGUAUGUAUGUACAUGAUUAUUAAUUUACAACUUUUCAUUUAACUCAUGAGUUACAUCAUGCAUAUUAUAUUUAGAUCUUUAUGUAAUUUAGAAAAUUUUGUUUAUAUGUAUAUUUUCUAUUUAGUAAAGAAGUACAGUAUGUAUUAAAAACGAAA